CCGCCGUAGUGCGUCGCCUUCGUUGCUGUGGGAAACGACCCGGGACCCGGGAGAGAGAAAGACGUUUCCCGCCGGCGGGAGCUACGUUUGUGGUGGCGGGGCUCGCAGCUCCGUAGCACCAUGGCGGACCAGCUUUAUCUGGAAAACAUAGACGAGUUCGUCACGGACCAGAACAAGAUCGUGACCUACAAAUGGCUGAGUUAUACACUAGGGGUUCAUGUUAACCAAGCCAAACAGAUGCUCUAUGAUUAUGUUGAAAGGAAGCGAAAGGAGAAUUCGGGAGCCCAGCUGCAUGUCACGUAUUUAGUGUCUGGCAGUCUCAUUCAGAAUGGACAUUCUUGCCACAAGGUUGCAGUAGUGAGAGAAGAUAAAUUGGAAGCAGUGAAGUCCAAGCUAGCGGUGACUGCCAGCAUCCAUGUGUACAGCAUCCAGAAAGCCAUGCUAAAGGACAGUGGGCCUCUGUUCAAUACGGACUAUGACAUCCUUAAAAGCAACUUGCAGAACUGCAGCAAGUUUAGUGCCAUACACUGUGCAGCUGCAGUCCCCAGAGCUGCUGUUGAAUCCUCGUCCUCUGAAAAGUUUGAGCAGUCCAAUCUUCAAGUAUCAAGUGAGACACCAGCCAAUAAUGAGUUGACAACCAAUGGUCACAGUCCACCUACCUCCAAACAGAUUUUCCAGCAGCCCAAAGGGAUAAUGGGUAUGUUUGCCUCUAAAGCUGCUUCUAAAACUCAAGAUGCCAACAAGGAAACCAAAACAGAGACUAAAGAGAUAACAAAUGUAUCUUCCACAGGCAACAAGGCACCAGGGAAAGGGAAUGUGAUGAGCAAUUUUUUUGGAAAAGCUGCAAUGAAUAAAGUCAAUUUGGAUUCAGAACAAGCAGUGAAAGAAGAAAAAAUAGUGGAGCAACCUCCAGUGUCUGUCACUGAACCAAAGCUGGCAGCCCCUACAGGCCUGAAGAAAUCCAGCAAAAAAGCAGAGCCUGUUAAGAUGCAGCAGAAGGAAAAAAAAAGGGGGAAGCGAGUGGAGUUAUCUGAUGAUGAGACAAAAGAAACUGAAAAUAUGAAGAAAAAGAGGAGACGAAUCAAACUUCCUGAGUCUGAUAGCAGUGAAGAUGAAGUCAUACCAGACUCUCCUGGGGAUUAUGAAGCUGAGUCACCAUCCCCACCUCCUCCUCCUCCUUCUCCACCUCCUGAACCAGUACCGAAGACUGAACCAGAACCUCCUUCUGUCAAGAGCUCAAGUGGAGAAAAAAGAAAACGAAAGCGGGUGCUGAAAUCGAAAACCUUUGUAGAUGAGGAAGGCUGCAUGGUGACUGAAAAAGUCUACGAGAGUGAAUCCUGCACAGAUAGUGAAGAGGAGCUUAAGAUGAAGACCUCCUCCAUACACAGACCCUCCACUAUGACUGUGAAAAAAGAACCCAAAGAAGAACGAAAGGGCCCAAAGAAAGGGACUGCUGCUCUGGGCAAAGCCAACAGACAAGUAUCCAUUACUGGCUUCUUCCAGAGGAAGUGAACUGCCAUCUCUGUUAAGUCAGAGACAUGGAGUGGUCAGAGGAGAAGACCAAGACAGACAGACUCUCACUUACUGUGUAAGUUCAUCCUGUGCCUGACCUUGCCUAUAUCAAAAGACUUCUUCCAUCCUGUGAGGUUUAUACUGUUUCUGGUUUUUAACCAAAGGGAAAGCACCUGGAAGCAAGAGGCAAAAGAAUAUUUAAGAAGCUGUUAUGUUCUAAGGACAUUUUCUUAAACACAAUCUUUGACCUGUUCUGGAGAAGAAUCCACUCCAAAAAUAAAUUGGAACAGGUUUCAGAAUUAUCACUGAAGCCAUUUAGUUGCUAAUUCAUUGGGCCCUACACACCCUCUGCCCUGAGCACUUACGGCUCAGGAAGUAUUCCUCCGUGUUCCUUUGCAUUCUGUGGACUUGUGUGGGUCUUCAUUUAUCCCUGAAUUUUACAGGACGUGUUUACCACUCCCUCUAUAAUCCCUUCCCCACUACCGUACUUCUGUGUGAAGCCAUUUUCUGUAAGUCUUGUAAAUCUUGGUUGGACUAAAGGCUGAAACAAAAAUCUC